AUGCUCUUGUUCCUCUUCUUGUUUGGUCUGGCUCUGGGUGCUGAGCCUCCUUCAGAAGACCAGCAAGUGAAGCUUCAGCGUGCUAACUGUCCCAAGUUCUGGUACAGCUUCAACGGCCGCUGCUACAAGUACGUCGCCACACGAAUGACCUGGGCUGAUGCAGAGCUCUACUGUGUGUCACAGAGAGCCAACCUGGUGUCUAUCCACAGUCAGGGGGAACAGAAUUUUGUCGUAUCCCUGAUCAAGAACUUUGAUCACUCUCAGGGACGCAACUGGCUUGGACUCAGUGACAUCCACAAAGAAGGCAGGUGGAUGUGGUCUGAUGGGUCUGCAGUGGACUUUGUCUUUUGGGAUGCAGGAGAGCCAAACAACGUUGCAAAUGGAAAUGAACACUGUGUUCACACCUACUCUGGUCCUGUUCCGAAAUGGAAUGACGUACCAUGUUCUCAAACCUAUUCCUCUGUUUGUGCUUCUCGUACAACUCGUCCUUAG